CUCCUUUCUCCGAGGCGCGUUUUUGCGCUGCGCUCUUGGAGAGCCCUCGCCAAGAGCGCCCUUGCGCGCUCCGGGGGAGAAGACGAAGGGGGCGCUUCCGUUCGCUCCCACUUCUCGCCAGUCUGCCUCGCCUCAAACUCGCGCUUCGCCCCUCCGCUCUCCCACGCUGAGCUUCUCUUUCUCUCCCGGGGUGUGUGUGUGUCUUUCCCCCUCCCUCUUUCUCUCUCCUCUUCGACGUCUCAAGGCGACAAUGACCAAGUCCCUGAGCCAGCCCGAGCAGAGGGACUCGGCGGUGGCGCCCUUGCGGGACUGCUCUGACCCGCCGCUCCAAAAGAAGGACGUGGAGCUUCUCCUGGUGAAAGAGCAGAACGGCGUACAGUACACCAGCAGCAACCUUCUGGAGACCCGCAGCCCGCGCUACAGUCCCACCGCCGCGGAGCCUGAGCGGGAGACGUGGGGCAAGAAGAUCGACUUCCUCCUCUCGGUCAUCGGGUUCUCGGUGGAUCUGGCCAACGUGUGGAGAUUUCCCUAUCUCUGCUAUAAAAACGGAGGAGGUGCCUUCCUCAUACCUUACAUACUCUUCCUCGUCAUUGCUGGGAUGCCCUUAUUCUACAUGGAACUAGCUUUGGGCCAGUAUAACAGAGAAGGGGCUGCCACCGUAUGGAAAAUCUGUCCACUUUUUAAAGGUGUAGGCUAUGCUGUGAUACUCAUAGCUCUAUACGUGGGUUUCUACUACAACGUUAUCAUAGCUUGGUCUCUGUAUUAUCUGUUUGCAUCCUUCACACUGGAGGAGCUUCCCUGGACGAAGUGUGGCAACCCCUGGAACAGCCCCAACUGCAUAGACCCCAAACUCAUCAAUGCCUCAACAUUUGCCGCUGGAACCACUUAUUCCAAGUACAAGAUAACUCCUGCAGCUGAAUUUUAUGAGCGGAGAGUUCUACAGCUUCACCUAAGCAGGGGGAUUCAUGAUAUUGGCUUGCCCCAAUGGCAGCUCACACUGUGUCUCGUGGUCGUGGUGAUCACUGUUUUCUUCAGCCUGUGGAAAGGUGUGAAGACUUCAGGAAAGGUUGUAUGGAUAACAGCCACAUUGCCUUAUGUUGUUUUAUCCGUACUGUUAAUCCAUGGACUGACAUUGCCUGGUGCGUAUGAUGGAAUCAAAGCAUACCUCAACAUUGACUUUAGAAGAUUAAAAGAAGCCACAGUAUGGAUUGAUGCAGCCACACAAAUAUUUUACUCCUUAGGGGCUGGGUUUGGGGUCUUAAUUGCCUUUGCCAGCUACAAUAGAUUUGACAACAACUGCUACAGGGAUGCGCUGAUGACCAGUACAAUCAAUUGUGUCACUAGCUUCAUCUCUGGAUUUGCCAUUUUUUCUAUACUCGGCUACAUGGCACAUGUAUACAAAGUCAAAAUUCAAGAUGUGGCCACCGAAGGAGCUGGAUUAGUUUUCAUCAUUUAUCCAGAAGCUAUUUCAACCCUUAAAGGAUCAACUUUUUGGGCAAUAGUGUUUUUCAUAAUGCUGCUUUCACUGGGUAUUGACAGUUCUAUGGGUGGCAUGGAAGCUGUCAUCACCGGCUUAGCAGAUGAUUUCCACAUCCUAAAAAGACACAGAAAACUUUUCACAUUUGGGGUCUCCUUUGGCACCUUCCUCGUUGCUCUCUUUUGCAUAACAAAUGGUGGAAUCUACAUACUGACUCUGUUGGACACAUUUGCUGCUGGGACGUCCAUCUUGUUUGCUGUUUUAAUAGAAGCCAUUGGCGUCUCCUGGUUUUAUGGUGUGGACAGGUUCAGUGAAGACAUCCAGCAAAUGAUGGGCUUCAAACCAGGCCUCUACUGGAGACUUUGUUGGAAAUUCGUGAGCCCUGCUUUUUUAUUGUUUGUGGUAAUAGCCAGCAUUGUCACUUUUAAACCUCUGACCUACGAUGAGUAUGUCUUCCCACCCUGGGCCAACUCUGUCGGAUGGGGAAUAGCAUUGUCAUCAAUGAUCCUUGUGCCUGCGUAUGCCCUCUAUAAAUUAUUGAAGGCGCGAGGGACCUUUAAACAAAGACUAGCAUAUUGCAUCACACCUGAGAAUGAACACCAUCUUGUAGCAGAAGGGAAUGUGCGGCAGUAUAAGUUCCAGCAUUGGCUAUCUAUAUGAUGAUUAAGAAAAGGAAAGCCAGUACCUUAUAAAGAUAAAUUGGGAAUACCUGUGAAGUCAGUGACAAAGCUCUCAAUCAUGCUUGGUCCUGGCAGGCUGGCACACUCCGAAGAGUAUCUCCAGCUUUCUUUGGGCGAAGAUUCAUCAUUCACACCCUAUCACACAAUCAUUCAGUUUGUCAAAUGAACUUCCCAGACCAUU